AUGGAGGAUCAAAGGGCCAGGGUGAAGAAGUCUGUACUCACGCUUGUUCUUAGUAUUGAGAUGGUGCUGGGUGUUCUGGGAAAUGCCCUGGUUCUGAUUGUUAAAAUUGGGUGUCGGAAGCAGUUUCAGUGUGUUUACUGGCUGCCGUUUGUCAGUCUCACUCUGUCUGAUUUCUGCUGUGCGGUGCUGAUUAUAAGCAGUUCUUUGUUCGCUGUCUUGACUGGGGGUCAGAAGUCGCCGUGGUGUGAAGUUGUCAGCCUGUUCAAAUUCACUUUUAUCACAUCCUCCAUCGGAAGCGUAGCAAUUCUCACUGUCCAGCGGUUUGUGGGCUUAGCUUCCACUCAAAGACGCUUGUCUGUUGUCAUGGUGAUAGCAUGUUUGGCUUCCUGGUUGAUGGGAGCUACAUUUGGGAUGGUACCAGUCAUCUAUAAUUGGGUGAGGUAUGAUCCUGCAGAGAUGCUGUGUGCUGUGUUCUGGGAGAGCGGUUAUUCUGAUAUGCUGGCCUACAUACUCUGUACCUUCUCCAUCUCCUUCUUUCCCGCACUACUCCUCAUCCUUAUCUGCUCUUUCCUGACCUCUGUUGGCUACGGGAAGAACUGCACCAGCCAACUGGACCUGUCCUCUGUCACUCCUCUGCUGGUGGGAUCCUAUCUGCUCUGCUAUACUCCUUUCACUGUGUCAGAGCUGUUUUUGCUUGGGAGGCUGGAUCUGUCACCAUCCCCUGACUGGCUCAGGACACUUUCAUCGGUAAUGGCCUAUCUGGACUGCACCCUGAACCCAAUCAUCUACUGCACUAAUCAAGGCUUUCGAGAGGCAGUACUUGCAUUGCUGUGGGCCACCAGAAAGUCAUGCUUACCUGACCCUGUACUGACUAGCAUAAAAAAGAUAGACAUAUAGUAUUGACACAGAAAGGAAGCAUU